AUGGAUGCACCCCUUCACAAAGAACAUUAUCUGAUUAUCCCUAUUAAUAAAAAUAAGGGAGAGAGUACAACGGGACAGCAAGAUUUCCUUCACUUUGACCACUCCAAAGCAAAGCCCUACUCCUAUUCUCCUCGUCGUCCUCUGGCAAUGGCAUCCAGAAGUAGCCCUCCUGCUCAGACUCUGUCGUCUCGGGAUGAAAGCAGCGAUGAUACCGUUUAUAAAAUGAUCCAAGCUCAUCAGGAAGCGACUGCUCGGCUGCCUCCAAUUGAAGAAGUUCGGACAGUUCUGGAUCGCAGUGUCCGGGGUGUGCUCUCUACUUUUUCUCAGAAAUAUGAGGGAUAUACUUCAGGUUCCAUGGUUGACUAUGCAUGUGAUCAAGAUGGGAUUCCAAUAUUAGCUAUCAGCAGCCUGGCAGUUCAUACAAAGGAUCUAUUAGCUAAUCCUAAAUGCUCACUGCUUGUAGCAAGGGAUCCUGAGGACACGACUGAUUUAGUAAUCACCCUACACGGUGAUGCUACUGAUGUUACUGAACAAGAUAGGGAAGCUGUCCGUGCUGCGUACUUGAUAAGGCAUCCCAGUGCAUUCUGGGUUGACUCUGGAGACUUCCAAUUUAUGCGGAUUGAACCAAAAUUUGUACGCUAUGUGUCUGGUGUUGCAACUGCUCUAUUGGGAUCAGGAGAAUUUAACAAAGAGGAUUACAAAGCUGCAAAAGUUGAUCCAAUAGCUCAGUUUUCCAAUCCUGUUGCGUUGCAUAUGAAUAAAGAUCAUGCUGAAGAUACAAAGGUUAUUGUGCAACACUCAACAGCAAUUCAGGUUGAUCAUGCUUCCAUGUUGGAUUUGGAUAGUCUUGGUUUCAAUGUUAAGGCUGUUUAUCAAGGGAAUACCUUCAAGCUUCGAAUACCUUUUCCUAGACGGGCAGAGGAUAGAAAGGAUGUAAGGACUCUAGUAGUGGAAAUGUUUCAAACCGCUAAAGCCUCAAAUUAAUUAAUCCCAAAGUUGAACUGUGAAAAGGAUUAUGUAUUCUCGGAUAAUUGGCCUCGAAAAUAAACAAAGAUGAAUAUCUGGCUUUGCUACAUGAAAUCAGGAAAUUGAUUGCUUCCAGUUCAUGUUAGAAACUUGGUGACCAGUAGUAAUGGUUUGCUCAUUCUUUUCCUGGGGAAUUUGCUUCUUUACUGUAAUAGGGUGCAAGAGGGCCUUAUAUAAAAACAGAAAUGAUAUCUUGCAGAUAUAGCAUUGUUAUCAGGGGUUG